AUGAAGCUGCACAUGUGUCUUCUUUCCCUCUCUACAAUGGUCCGACACAAAUUCAUCGAUAUCGGCGUCAACCUGACCGAUCCGGUAUUCCGAGGGCUCUCCAGAGGCAAACGCAAGCACCAAGAUGAUUUCCAGGACAUGAUUGACAGAGCUGUCCACGUGGGCGUCGAGAAGUUUCUGAUUACAGGAGGAAGCCUGCAAGACAGCGAGGAUGCCGUCCGUCUAGCCCACAGCAGAGACGACUUCUACUGUACGGUGGGCUGCCAUCCGACCCGCUGCGGGCAAUUUGAGGAGGGCGACGGUGCCGUCGACUAUCUGUCCCGACUCCAGCGUUUGGCGGAAGACAACCCGACCAAAGCGGUCGCCAUCGGAGAGUGCGGACUAGAUUUUGACAGGUUGGAAUUUUGCCCCAAAGAAACUCAACUCAAAUACUUUGAGAUGCAGUUUGAUCUGGCCGAGGCAACCAAGCUUCCCAUGUUCCUGCACUGCCGCAACGCUCAUCAGGACUUUGUAGACAUCAUGAGAAGAAAUCGAGACAGAUGCGUGGGAGGCGUAGUUCACUCCUUCGACGGGACCGCGGAGGAAGCCGCCGCCCUCAUCGAUCUGGACCUCUACAUCGGGAUAAACGGCUGUUCGCUUAAAAGCGAGGCCAAUGUGGAAGCCGUCAAGCGAAUUCCCACCGAGAGACUAAUGAUAGAAACAGAUGCGCCGUGGUGCGGUGUCAAGAGCACGCACGCAGGAUUCAAAUACAUCAAGACCACCUUUCCCACCAAGAAGAAGUGGGAGGCGGGGCAUUGUUUGAAGGACCGGAACGAGCCGUGUCACAUCAUACAAAUCCUGGAGGUGAUGGCCGCGGCGAGGGAGGAGGACCCCUCGGAGCUCUCCGCAAGCAUCUACCGCAACACUAGAAAGGUUUUCUUCCCUGCUAAAUGA